AGCAUCCUUUGCCUUCCGGCUCUGCUCGGGCCCCGCGGGCCAGUCCCGCCUUGCGCGCCCAUUUCGAGCCCGAGUGUCAAGCGCGACUCUCCGGAUUGAGCCUCCCGCGCACGUUUUCCAGGACUGGGUUCUUGGCCAGGGGGCCAGAAAUGGCGCAGCUGGAGGGUUACUACUUCUCGGCCGCCCUGAGCUGUACCUUUUUAGUGUCCUGCCUCCUCUUCUCGGCUUUCAGCCGGGCGCUGCGAGAGCCCUACAUGGACGAGAUCUUCCACCUGCCGCAGGCGCAGCGCUACUGUGAGGGCCAUUUCUCCCUCUCGCAGUGGGACCCCAUGAUUACUACAUUACCUGGCUUAUACCUGCUGUCAGUCGGAGUGGUCAAACCUGCCAGUUGGAUCUUUGGAUGGUCAGAACAUGUUGUCUGCUCCAUUGGAAUGCUCAGAUUUGUAAAUCUUCUCUUCAGUGUUGGCAACUUCUAUUUAUUAUAUUUGCUUCUUCGCAAGGUGCAACCCAGACACAAGGCCACCUCAAGUGUCCAGAGAAUCUUGUCCACAGUAACGUUAGCAAUAUUUCCCACGCUCUAUUUUUUUAACUUCCUUUAUUAUACAGAAGCAGGAUCCAUGUUUUUUACUCUUUUUGCCUACUUGAUGUGUCUUUAUGGAAAUCAUAAAACUUCAGCCUUGCUUGGAUUUUGUGGCUUCAUGUUUCGUCAAACAAACAUCAUCUGGGCUGUCUUCUGCGCCGGAAAUGUCAUCGCACAGAAGUUAACAGAAGCCUGGAAAACUGAGCUGCAGAAGAAGAAGGAAGAGAGGCUCCCCCCUGUUAGAGGGCCGUUUUCAGAAUUCAGGAAAAUCCUUCGCUUUCUGCUGGCCUACUCCACGUCGUUUAAGAACCUGAGUGCACUCUUGCUCCUGACCUGGCCCUACGGCCUCCUCGCGCUGCUCUUCUGCGCCUUUGUGGCCGUCAACGGCGGGGUGGUGAUUGGCGACAGGAGCAGCCAUGAAGCCUGUCUGCACUUUCCCCAGCUGUUCUACUUUUGCUCUUUUACUCUCUUUUUUUCCUUUCCUCACCUCUUGUCUCUUAGCAAGAUCAGGGCUUUUCUCUGCUUGGUGUGGAAACGGAAACUUCAGUUUUUGGCAGUGACUUUAGUCUCCAUAUUUUUAGUUUGGAGAUUUACUUAUGCUCAUAAGUACUUGCUAGCAGACAACAGACAUUACACCUUCUACGUGUGGAAGAGAGUUUUCCAAAGACACGAAAUUGUGAGAUAUUUGUUAGUUCCGCUCUACAUAUUUGCUGGUUGGAGCAUAGCGGACUCACUGAAGUCAAAGCCCAUUUUCUGGAAUUUAAUGUUUUUUGUGUGCUUAUUUGCUGUUACAGUACCUCAGAAAUUGCUAGAGUUUCGUUACUUCAUUUUACCUUAUGUCAUUUAUAGACUUAACAUACCCCUGCCGCCCACAUCCAGGCUUGUCUGUGAGCUGGGCUGCUAUGCAGUCAUCAAUUUCCUGACUUUUUACAUCUUCCUGCACAAGACUUUUCAGUGGCCAGACAGUCCGGACACUCAGAGGUUCAUGUGGUAAUAGCAGGGUUAUCUGGAGCUCCAGAAAUAGAUUUAUUAUUUAGACUAUUUUCAUAAUGAAAACUGAGUAAGUAGAAAUUUUGGAAUUUCUUUUGGGCACCAUGGUAAGCCUCAGAUCAUAAGACUUUUUUUAAUGUUUUAAAUAUCAAACAUUUUAAAUAUAUGUAUAUACACAUAUAUAUGUGUGUGUGUGUGUGUGUAUAUAUGCAUAUAUAUAUAAAAUCUAAGGCAGUGAAGUGAUAAAAAACAGAAAAACUUUAAGACAUGCUCCAUAAGCCCAAAAAAUGAUGGGAAAAUAAAAUUAUUUGCAGCUAUCUCAUGGUAUUUCUUUGAUACUCUUGGCCACUCAAAAAGCUUGGAAGCUUUUUACACCAAAUUUAAGAAACCUGGGUGUGCUUUGUGGUGCUGGAACUUACUCAUUCUCUUCCAAAAGAAGUAGCAAAGCCUUUGAAGAACAUUUACAGAUGAUGAGAUAAUAGUCUUGACUGAAAAGUUGUUUAAUAUUUUAAUGAAUGUAAUUUUAAGCGUCAGGCAAAACAGACUCACAUCGAUAGUGCAUGUUAUAAAGUUAGAGGCUCUUCUGUGUUUAUCUAGGAAUCAAGUUGCUGAUUUUUGUUAAAAAUCUAGGAAUGAUGGAAGUCCUCUCACUGUUCCUACUGUGAAAAUAUGAUGGCCAAAGAUAAGUUGUGUUGAUGAUAACACUUUUUAAAGUGGAUUUUCUUCCUGAAAUACAUCACUGUAUUAGUUUCCUAUGGAUGCCAUGGCCGUUAAAGAUUACCACGUAUUUGGUGGCUUAAAAAAAUGUCUGUCACAGUUCUGGAGGCCAGAAGUCUAAAAUUAAGAUGUCAGCAGUGUUAGUGACUCCUGGAGGCUCUGAAAGGUAACCCAUCCUGUGCUCUCCUGCCUUCCGGUGUCUGAAAUGCUUGGUGGUCCUUGGUUUACAGGUGCAUCAUCCCCAUCCCUGCCUCUGGCUUCACAUGCCUUCCUCUCUGUCUUCUUUCUCUUACAAGGACAGUGUCUUUGGAUUUAGGGCCCACCCUGAUCCAGGAUGACCGCGUGUCCAGAGCUUUAACUUAAUAAUAUCUGCAAAGACUCUCUUUGCCAUAUGAGGUCAUAUGUUCAGAUUCCGAGUAUACCUGUCUUUUGGGGGGCACUUUUCAACCCACCAAAGUUACCAAAGUAGAUUUUUAUGAUAAAACUCAUAAAAUGUAUAGGAAAGAAUUUCUUUGCUGAGAUAUUUUAAAUAAAAUUGUAUCUUUUCUGAGAGGUUAAAAACAAGUGACUUCCAAGGUCACAUAGUUGUAAAACUAAAAAUAACUGAUACUUGAUUCCAUGAUCUGAAAAUAGUUCGAAUUUAAGGGAAGUUUAGAAAUUAUUUGAUCUAGUCUUAUUUUCUAGGUUAGGGGUUGGGGGGGGUUGGUUUUGGAUUCCAUGUCUGCUAUUUUGAGUACAUUCUUUGGGUUUUCAUCCUAUUACAGAAAAGUAUUAUUUGAAUAUGUUAACUUUGACAUGUAAACUUAGAACUGUGAGUAGAAUUUAUCUUUUAAUCCAGUUUUACGUUUGUAAACUUUUUAAUCACUGUGUGAACUGUCUUCAGUGUUGAAUUAUGCUUUCUUUGGGUUUGACACAAUGAGUGGAUUUGGAAAACACGCUUCAUUUGCAAAUAUAAAAUUGUGUGCAGGUGAAAAUUACAAGUGUAGUCUUGAGUAAUAAAUACAAAAUCUUUUAUUGUAUAAACUCUGUGGGGCCAAGUUGUGCUCUAUUUAGUGCUCAGAAAGCAGAUUGAUUGAUUUUUUAAUAAUAACAGUGACUGUACAAUGGAUAUUUCUACCUAAAUUUUUUAAAUAAGACAAGAAAGCACGCUCAGACAAAUUAUGAUUUUAUAAUGGGAGACGGGAGUUCCAGGAAGUCAAAAUUCUCCCCAAAAUGUGUAAGUUAGGAAAAACAACUUUCUUAUCUGAUACUCUUGGUGCAAGGCUUUUAUUUUUAGGCAUAUUUCUGGGAUGAAAACUUUUUCUCUCUAACCUAGCAAGAAUGAGGAGACUGUUCCACCCCAUGGACUGAGGGAAUCAUUGUUCCUGUUAACUUUGAAGUGUUGAGUCCCUGUCUUUUAAGGGAUCUUUUGGAAUUCUGUGAAUUAAAAGGUGCUGUACAGUGUUGCUUUUAGGAACAUCCUUAAGUUAUGUGUGUUUUGAACAUUUUUCAAGACUUACCAAAUAGAUAUUUUUGAUAUUAGACUUGACUGAGUUUCUUAAUUACAAGGUAAUUCUUUGUCAAAAAAAAAAAAAAAAAGUGUUUACAGGCUGGGGAGCCUGUGGGCCCUUACAAUUAUUGUUCUUAAACCCUGUAAGUGGGAUUAUUCUAAAGAAUAUGAUAAAAAUAUUUGGUCCAUACAUUUUUUAGGCCCAGUAAUACAUCUUUCUGAAAUUUUUCUACCUUAUAUGAAAUUGUAUAGAUACAGAGUAUUACUGUUGUAAAUGUAGAGUAUUGUAUACAUAUAAAGUGUUAGAUGGCAUUAGUGAGGUUCUGAUAUACUGUUUCUUCACAAUUAUUUAUAUUUCCUUUUAGCGGAUACCUAUAAAUCUUUUCUGAUACAUCUAUAUAUUUAAUUUAUUUUGGAAAUACACUCACUCCUGAGCUCAAGCAUAGCAUGUCCUUUUGGCAAUAGAAAUGGUGUUAGCUGUCUGACCUCUUCCUCCUCCUCUUAAAGUUAUUUCUGGAAUGUACUUAGCCUAUCAUAAAGUAUCUAAUAAAAAUAGCUUAAUGCAGUGUAUUUAUAAUAAAUAAAUAGCUUAAUGUAGUGUAUUUCUAGUUUGAGUUUAACCACCACUGGGCUUUACAAUUUUUUUUCUGUAUAAUUGUCUGAAGACCAGGUGUGGAGAAGAAAAGAGAGCCUCAGUUUUUAUUUAUACCCUCUAAAUGGUGGACUAUUUUUUUAGACUCUCUUUUAAGUAAAAUAUUUCUAUAAAGAAAUCCAUGUUCAUUAGAUUAGAGAGCAUUUAUUAUCUUUAAAACAAUUAGAAUUUCAUUAAAAAGUGAAACAAGAAAGUAACAUCAUGCAAAUAAUAUGAAAACAUUUUUUCUAAUGAAAAUGUAAGUACAACUUAGGACAGUGGGCUGUAGAAAAAGCAUUUAACAUGGGAGUUAGGAGUUCGUUAUUUUACUGUGGUUUGGGAGUCAAUAAGGCACGUGGUUUAAUCUUUGGUCCUCACUUCAAAUGAGAAUAGUAUUUGUCAUAAGUCAGUGCCUGGCACCUAACCUUAUUUCAAAAAACAAUUCAGCCCCUGCCAUACAUCCAUAAAUUUAUUAUUAUAUAAUAAAUAUUGAGUGGAUGUAUGCUGAAUGAAGUUUUUUAGUACAGAAUGAAGUGAAUAUCCUAGUAAAAGUAUAAUACAUGACCAUAAGCUAAUUUCAGGAAAUAAAUGACCUGUUUGGUAAUGAGAGCCAUUCUAACCCUUUUUCAUCUUAAGUCUCCUGACCUAUGUUUAAAAUUUUUUAUUUACUGUGGUGUUUGGUAAUUACACAGGUAUUUACUUGAAAAUAUGUGUUGUUUUUAUAAUAGAAUAUGAUUUCAAAACUUUUGCUGUUUAUUUAAAAUAAGAAAAAUAAUUAACUGCCAACCAUUAAAUUGUAAUAGCAGCAGAAUUCUUGAUCAUUAACACAGUUUUAGGGGAAAAGGCAAAUUACAACCAAUUACAAAUAUUUCAUGUUGUCUCAGGCCGCAUUUUACUAAUUUAGAGAUAACUGUAAUUUAGGGUAAUUUUUAACAUAUUUAAAUAUUGACAAAAAGACAAAUAUUUCCAAUAUAAUAAAACCUGCAUAGCUAAGAAAAUUAUCAUAAAAAUGGAUAGACUGAAGACACAUUUUUAACAUGUAUCUGUGACUUCAACACUAAAGUAUUUACUAUUUGGAAAUUAUUUCUAAGAUAAGAAAUUUUGUCAGAGAGUAAUCCAAUAGUAUCUUUAUAAUCAUGCUUUUUAAAAAAAGAGUAUUUGAUUAAUUUAAUAUUAAUUUAAUUUGAGUUCUGCAUCACCAUCAGCCCAAAAUAGAGAAGGUAUUUUUCUGAUGAGAGAAAUACUACACAUUGCAUUGAUUUUUCACAAUGACUGAAACUUAGGUUGAUUCAGUUCAGUUGAACUGUAUAUGUGUACGGGGGGCACAUACAAAACGAGGGAGAGAGAUGGAAAGUAAUAGUAACAAAAAUCGCUGUUAUUUACUUAGCUCCUACAGAGCUGUAGGCACUGCACAGACUGCUUUACAAACACUGUCUCGUUUGACCUUACUCGUGUUCCUGUUAGGGAGAAGUUGGUUUCUGUUUGACUGCUGGAGGAAACCAAGUCAGGCUGAUCUGGUAACUUGCCUGCAGUCAGCUCCUUAAGAAUGCGGUGUGACCUCCAAGCCGGUGAGUCUUUGAUUGCUACUCUGCCUUGCCGUGGAAGUUCUUCAUAAAGAGCAGUAGGGGGUGCAGAGAGAGGUGAUAAUCUGCCUUCAUUUUGCCUUAGCUGUACCAUUCAUGGCACGUUAUUUUUUAUAUUGGAUGUAGUCACUUUUAGGCAUGUUAUUUUUUAUAUUGGAUGUAGUCACUUUUAGAAAUGCUAGAAACUGUUUAGAAGAGAGUGAGCAGAUCAUGAGUGUUUAUAGUUCUGUUGAAGAGAAAUGGCUAGAAGAAUAUAUAGGAUGUUUAACCUGGAAAAGCAGAGAUCCCUUAACUUGAUAACAUCUCAGAGUUGAGGAAUAAUUAUUUGCAAGGAUCGGACUGUUCACACCUGUAGAUCAAGGGCCAACAGAUUUAAACUUGUGAAAAGCAUACAUUUUCUAAUUUUUUAUUUUUCUACAGUGGAAUGGACCCAGAGAAAAGUAAGUUCACCUGCUCACUGGAGGCAAGAUUCUAUUUAACAGGGGUGCUACAGAAGGGAUUCAUACAGCAAGUAGGGAGAGUAAAAUGGCUUUUUAAGAUACCUUGCAGCCCUGUGACUUGACAUUCCUAAGCUUGGUAUGGCUGAUAUUUUGUACAUGAAUUGCUGAGUCAUGGUGAAGUAUUUCUGGUGACUUGCAUAGUGACUUUGAUACAUUUUAAAUUUCUGAAUAAAAACUACUUUGAACUCUGUUCCCUUGUUUCAGAAACAAAUUGGAGGUACAGAAUUAGUAGGAGAUAUUUUAAGCUAUAUAGUGUUAGAGACUGCUGCUAUUAAAGUGUUUAAUUGGUUUUUUAUUUUGUGAUUCCUUUUACAUUAAUGAAGAGAAUGUGCUUUUCCCCUAUGGAUCCACCGGGCAAGCCCUAGCUGUAAGGUUUUUAAUGCAGUGCCCACUAGGUGGUGCCACUGUGCUAUAUUUCUAGGUGUUUCUGUACUUCAACUUUCUUACGGUCUCAGUUAACAUUUUUUAGUUUUAAGUUUUGACCCACAAAGUAUUUUAUAGCAUUCAUGUCUGUUUAUUAUAGUGGUUUUUAAGCUGUUUCCUGAAUUGUAUGAAGCUAAGGUAAAUGUUUUAAAAAAUCAUGUGUUUUGUCCUCACGUAUUAGGUGAUUUAACUUAGUGUAUCUUCCCAUGUGACAUUCUUUUCUUCGUGGCUUAGUGGUGUAAAUCAAGGUCUUUUCCCAAAAGCAGUGAGUUAUGAUGAUGACAAAUUUGAAAACUCAUAGAGCAUCAUGUUGAUCACUGUUCUAGGUGUUUUACCCAUGUUGUCUUACGUGCCCCUCACAGUAACUCUGUGGGACUAGUACUGUUCUAUUUCCACCCUGCACGUGAGGGAACUGAGUAGGGUUCAAGUAAUUUGCCCAAGAUAACAAAGUAAGCUGGCUGAGCUGGGAUUCAAACUCCAGAAUCCAUGUUCACUAUUCUCAGUGGGUGGGGGUGGGGGAAGUGGGAGGAAGGGCACAAAGUCUACCUGCAAGUUUGUAGUGUUUUAGAAAGAAAAAUAACCCUGGUGAGUGUGGUUAUACUAUCUUAUAGACGAGGAAAACGAGGCCCAUGCUAAUUUCGGCUGUUCCAGAGGCAGGUCGUCUUCCCUCUGCCGCUGUGUCUUCCCUUUCUGUUCUGUGAUGGUGCUGCAAUGUGAUAUGCAUGCGUAUUUAAGAAUUUAAGGGAGAAAAAAAGGAAACAACCCAGGAGCGGAGUCUUUAGACACGUUAAUUUACAUUGAAAUAAAGACCUGUAUUUUAAUUAGAAUGAUUGCAGCCACCAGAUGGAGGAGCACAGUUGUUUGAAAAUUGAUACUUAGUUUCUCCAAGGAAACUCCUAUUUGGAAGCAAACUGUUGAUUAAAUAUGGCAUACUUUGGAUUUUUUUAAUUUUGACUGAAAAUCUUAAUUUUUUUUAAUCUAUAAAUAUAUGUUUUAGGUACUUUAAUGUUUUGUAUUCUUUAAGGUAUUCUGUAAAAUGGAGAGGUUUUUGACUUCUCAAAUUAUAUUAUGGGUUCAUGUCUUUUAAAACUGAUUUUGAAGUAAACCUAUUCUUUAUAAGAGUAAAAGACAAGCUUUUUUUCCUUUUUAAAAAUUUGUUCAAAUGUCAUGGUUUUAUUUUGUUUGUAAAUAAAUGUGUUUUUUAAUAA